CGCAGUGUUUCUCAGUCAACACUGCAAAUUUCAUCAGUCAUUACCUCCUUAUUUUUUCCUUUUCUUUCGCCGAUUGAUUGUUGGGGAGCCGACAAAAUGGAAGGAGUACAACAGUAGGAAGCGUUUAAACGUGUUUAAUGGGCAACAUAGUCCCGUAUUUUACCAAAAUUCGCCUUGAAAGGGGGACGGUAGCUUGGCAAGUGGGUGUGGGAUUCCAGGAUGAAACUUCAUAGCAAUGUGGACUUUGAGCGGCUAGGUAAAAGGCUGCAAGACACCCUUCUCAGGGAAAAGGAAACAUGGAGACCUCGAGUCAUCAUGAGACCCCAUGAUAGUGAAACAGAGAUUUGCCCGCAGCAACGAGACAAUGCUGUGAGAUGGCUUAUGCAACUUACAGACAAGUGGAAUUAUCAUCCUGAAACUUUCUGUCUCUCUGUCAGUAUCUUGGAUAGAUUUCUUUCCCUUGUGAAGUCUCACUCCAAAUAUCUAAGAUGCAUUGCUGCUACAUGCUUUUACCUAGCUGCCAAAGUUCAAGAAGAAGAUGAGGUUGUACCUGGAACCUUGGAAUAUGUUGUAGAAAGUCACUGUGGUUGUACUGCCUCAGAACUUCUCCGUAUGGAGCGCAUCAUCCUCAACAAGCUACAAUGGGAUUUGAGGGAUGUAACUCCAUUGGACUUUCUACAUAUUUUCCACGCCACUUUGUUGUCCAACAAACCACACCUGUUGGACAACUUCAGCAAUCUGACGCCAGCGCACCAGCUCUCAGCACUAACAGCCAAGCUGAAGCUUUGUCUGCUGCAUCACCAGCUCAUGGUUUACAGACCUGCCAUCCUAGCCCUGUCGUUACUCAGCCUAGAACUUGAGUAUUAUACUCAGGAGUGGUUACCCAACACCAUCAUGCUACAGAGAAUGGCUAUGGUUGACUGCCACCAUAUCGUCCAUUGUCGUGAAGUGAUCUCAAAUUGUCUGUCCCAGUUUCGGUACAAAAAUGUUGUUUUCAUGUACAGCCCGGAAGCGAUGACGAAACGUGCCAAAAGAAAAGUAAGCGAGUCUAACGACUGUGAAUUCUUCGAUGGAAUCAAGCGUCUGUACAACGAUGAUCUAGUUGAUGGUGGUGGUGGUGGUGGUGAAGACCAUCCUGGCGUCAAAGCUGGCCCUCUUGGGUCCUGUGCCAACCAGGCACGUCGUGAACAAGGUCUGCCCUCCUUGCAGGCAGUAGAAGCUACCUGAAGCUAAUCUUUUCAAGACAUAUUUUGAACCUUUCGUUAUUCUGCUAUUACUAUUGGCACGUUGUUGAUGUCUGUGUAUUUAUUGAUAUUGGUUAUUACUCACAAUAAACAGUGUGCAGAGUAGUCGGGUCAUUCCAGUUGUUGUACAGGUUAUUUUUAGCCCAGUAAUUUGAAUGUUGUAUUUAAAAAUCUAUAUUGUAUAUAUAAUGUGUAAUAUAUUUCAUGUCAGCUCAGCAGAGUCAUGUUUUAGAAACUUCAUAAUGUCACUGUCAAUUUCAUCUAGUCCAUUUUUCAUCAACCCAUUAAUCAAUAAAAAGUUCAAGGGGGCUUAGUGCACUCAAAGCAAAUAAGACUGAAAAUACUUCUGGUUUAUGGAGAUAAUGCAAGCUGCAGCACCAUCAUGUAUGAAAUGACUGCCUUGGCUAAAGUCCGGAAGUACAACGUAUAGAAUGACCUCAGUUCAAGUCAACUAGUACAACUGGUGCUGUAAGGUCGCUUUUGUGUACGCAUUCCUUUAAGGAAAUGUAUCGUUGGGGAUAUUCAUUAUGAAAAUGUUCAUUUUCACCAUUCAAAGUUAGUAAUAUGUGCACAAAUUCAGCUUAAUGUAUAAACCAUUUUCUUAAAUGUCAUUACAUUUUCUAAAGAUCAAGAAGUUUCUUGCUGAAUGUAUCGAACUCGAGAAAUGUAGGGCUAGUCUCGUACUCUUGCAUUUCUACAUAUUAAGAAUAAUACCAUAUAUCAACACCUUAUGAAAUUUUGCAAGUUCAUAUGUUAUGAAUAAAUGUUGUUCUGUGAUGCAGUUGAGAUUUUACAAGAAAACUUUGUAAUAAAAGAAUGAAUGUUGAAAGGCAGCACUGUAUAUAAGGCAAAUGAUGGUCAUAUAAACAGUGUACAGUACAUUUACAAAUUUGUAAAUUGUAGAUUUUAACUGAGUAUGAAUAGUACUGUACGGCCAUUGUACCGUAUUUGAAUCAAUAUUCAGAGUUCUUUUUCCAAUCAUUUGUCAUAAUCAUAUCAAAUCGCGGUCAUUAUCCUAGCUUUUUAUUACACUUCCAAAAUCCACUUUCAAGUCGCCUUCUGAUGAGCUGACAAACUUUUGAGGUGAUUUUUUUCUGCUGUAUGCAGGAGGUAUCGAAAUACCUGAUCUAAACCUGGCCAUCCCGAAAAGGACCUAAGCCUCAAGGCAUCAUUGUUGAGUGCGACAUUUGUUUAACUGGAAGUGGUACAUAUCCAGGAGGUAUUGAACCACAAACCGAUGAGUUCAAAUGGGUUUCUGAUUGUUGAACGUAUUGUUAGUAUAAUAAAAACCUCUCACCUUUCUGCCUUCAUCAGAAAUUUGGCUAUUUGCAGUUUGCAUGGCUGUAGUAGUGCCUCUGAAUCUUUUGGUAGAAAUCUGAGUUUAAUUAUUUUGGUUAUCUCUGAAUCUAUUCAAGGGCUUCUAGCACAACAUUUUUUAUUUCAAAUUUAUUCUUUGUUUCUUUCAUUUCGGAAGAUUUAUGUUAGGUACAAGAAUAAGUUAUGACACUCUUAAUAAAGGAUUCAAAAUACAAUCCACAAAUUCCUACUUGCUUAUUUUAGGCUGUUAUUUUUCAAACAACGAGUGAGCCAUUUUCAUUGCCGUUUUGUUUUGGUAACUCUGCUAGAAGUCCUUGAAAUAGCUUUCUCUAUUUGUUUCGCUGGUAUUAUGCUAGAUAUGCUAAUUACAUGACUAUUCAUUGCUGUUAUAUUAUUAGGUAGAUGAUUACUUUUCUAUGGUGCUGAAGAAAAGCUAUCAUGUCAUGCGUCAUGAACUGGACGUACAAAAAACUAAAAUAAGUAAGAUAGCAACAUCCUUGGAAAUGUUGAGGGAGAUUGUGACCAGUUUAUGAGGUAUGACUAGAUUCAUUCACUUCCAUGUAUAAUCAUCAUUAUGUAUACUUUGGCUCAUGCCAUUGGUGUACACUCAUGAAACUUGAAAAAUAGAACAAAAAAAUAUUCUAAGCAAAAAAGUUGUAAAAAAUAUAAAAUUAUCAUACAAUGGGCCAAGACUGUUCAUACAGUUAGCAUUGUUUUUAUGACGAAGAUUUCGCACAUGUGCCAACUUCGGGAGGUGAUCAUGUGUGGGGUCGACUUUUAAAAAAAUCAAAGCUACGCACAUUGUUCAAAGCCAGUAAAGCACUCCAUGCUUUGUGCUGGUGAUUACAGUGGUGCGCUUUGACCACUUAGCCUGGUCUGGCUUCAUCAGAACCUGUGCCCGCAAGCUGUCUCAUGACCAUAUUCAUCAUAUCGUUGGAUAUUUCUAUCUGCAGAAUAUAAGAUGUAUGGUUUCAGAUUGCUGAUUUGGAGGUUUUGACUGUCGUCGGUUUAGCUGAAGUUUUCAAGAUUUCAGCUUGAUUGAAGUUUUUCGUGCGGGUUGCAGAAAGAUGAUGGCCGGAUCUGUGGCUGAAAAAUACCAAGAUCUGAUAAGCUUCUUGUUACCCUCUCACCAAGACAGGGUUCGACGAGUAGCCGAAUGUGCCUUUGAUGGUAUGUCUUACUCUUUAUACAGAGUAUAGAGGGUCCAUUGGCAAAACAAAAAAAAAAUAUUAAAAAAACUAAACACAAAAAGUCUAAUGUGUUUUAUAAUCAAAUCUCUUGUGUGUAUGUUUAUUUGUGUAGCUUCUGUACGUGUUGUAUGUGAGUAAUGAUUUUAUUUCUUUAAUGACUCAAAUGAUCAAAUUUGCUCUUGCUCACAAUCUGCCUGGUUGAAUCAUUGCUUUUUAUUGAGGGAACCAUUCCAGCCUGAAGCUCCCAAGCUUAUGCAGUUUUCAGCAAAUAUUCUUAUCCAGACCAGAUGCACUCCUCUGACAUAAAUGUGUAGAUGCAUGUGUUGUCAGUAUUUUUGUGGUCUCUGGUCCAUUUGCUGAAAUUCUCGGUUUUUGGCUUUCUUUUAUGAUUCUUUCUCAUAAGAUUAGACAUCCAAUGAAGGAAUCAAGCCUCUUAAUCGAGCUAGAGGCUAGAAAAAAUGUCCUAAUGUCUUAUGUUAACUUUGACAUGUAUUUUUUAAUCCAAAUGAACUUGCUGCAGAAACCGUAGCUUGCUCUAACCAGGCAGAUAAUCUUUCGCUUUGAGACAACUUUAAAUGACUAGGAAACAAGUGAAGAAUAUUGUCAAGUUUCCUCCAACAUUUAGAGUUGUUGUUUUCUGUAUGGGCCAGAUCAUUACAUGUAGGAAAUGGUCCAUUGGAUUCGUUCUUUUGAAGUUGACAAGAAACCAUGCACACUCAAUGUAUGAUAUUGUACAUUACUUGAGUGUAUGAUAUUGUAAAUCAAUGCCAGUCAACUUCAUGAGGAACGAACAUUGCUAAGCCUUGACAGCUGAGUGUAUGUCAUAUGAUUGUUAAAUAUUCUUGCCUCAGGAUACUUGAGUUUGUACAGGGUUCCUUUGGUACUACUAACCAAUCUGUCAGAAAAGAAUAACCUUUCUCAAGGAUUGAGAACAGUAUAAUAUGUCAUUUAAUAAAUAAAUAGAAAUUUUCAAUUCGAUGAACUGGUGGGCGGUCAAGAACAGUCAAGUAAAUGAACCGAUUUGGUUGUGCCUAAUUUCUCAAGACGUUCUCCCAAAUUGCUACCAGUUUCAAUCCUUGACAAGUUUAUGAUAAUUUCAUUGUGUUUGUGUGAGUGCAGGAACAAUAUCUUGUCUUUCGAGACGAAGUUAAGGGUAAAUGUUUUCAGAGGCUGCGGUGUGGCGCCAUUGUAAUAGUACUGUGUUAAAUUGGUCGACUGGUGGAACUGUAUGGGUCAUUCAGGGUUGACCGGCAGCCUGAAGUGAUACUUAACAUUGUCUGUAUCCAGAUUAAAGAGUAGUUUACUCAUAUCAUAAUCUGUGGCAGAGCAGUACUUUCGAUUAUGUUUGUUAAUUUGAAAAUCAUCAAUUGAGUCUGUCGUGACUGAUGCAGUUUUGAAUUACUCUGUUCUUGCAUCAGCAAGAUCUAAAGAGAUAUACUGUUGGUCAGAUUUCCAUCCGUAAGUGAAAUCAGUAUAUCUGUUUUGAAUACUAUGCAUAUCUACUAGUGUUCAAUUUAUGAAAUCUUGACACCUACUGGAUAAUUCCAUGUGGAGUAUGUCUUAAGAAGAAAGCAAUUAACUGAAGACAAGUGUUAACAAUUCAAAAUUCAUCAUAAAAAGGUUAGGGAAAAUUUUGAUUUUCUGCACAUUCUUGUUUGAAAAUUUGUUCGGCUUGUCUCUGUGAAUUGUUGCAACUGAGCGUAAUUGUUAUUUUCCAGAAAUGCAAUUUGGCCAUUUAGACCUGUUGGCAUAGAAGGAUUUGGUAAGAACUCUCCACCAAUUACUGUGAUUGUAUGUGAAGGGCAUUUAAUAGGCUGACAAAAGGUCACUGAAGUGUGUUUAAAAAAAAUUUCAACUCUUUUAAAUCCCUAUUAUUUCGAUCAAAAAAAUCAUCAUCAGUGUUUUUCUGUUCUCUGGAAAAAAUUGAUGGCUAUCACCUUGUAUUUCAAUUUGUCAAACAUUUUGGUUAAAUCAAUCAUCAAAUGCAACUCUGUAACUACAAGUUCGCAACUUUGAUAUGUAAAUUUGAAACUGUCCUAAGGUGUCCAAAAAGACAAUUAAAAUUAUUCCUUUUAAGUAAUGUGAAUAUUGGCCAAGGGUGCCAAAGAAAUGAUUUAUUCUGUUGCACAAAACUUCAUUUGUAUUGUAUUGAAGAAAAAAGAUAUUAAACAUUUCCUGGUGAUAGCCAAUGUGUCGGGGUUGACAAGACAAGUGUGAUAUCAGUGUUGAACAAAGCAAUAAGUUUGGAGUUGAGGGUGGAGAGUGUGGUAAGAAGAAACAGGUGUCAUGUAAUAGAUACAAUAAAUUUAUAUCAUGAACGAAGAA